AUGAACGUCCAACAGCAGGAGAAGUGGCAACAGGUGGCCGACCUCAUCCAACGGCUGGGGCUGGUAUCCGGUGGCCAGGAUGAGCCGCGAACAGCCGCCCAGGUAGCGAGGAUGACGACCCACCAGCUCCUGCAGGACCCAGUGCGGGCGGCCAUCUACAACCGGGGCUGGGCGGACCGUACAGCGGACAUCCAGCGGAGGUUGCGGCCGCAACGACCACAGUCAACAUCGUCACCCAGCAGCCGCACCCCGUCGCUAACAAGGCCACUAGCUCCGACACGGACAACCGCUCCCACAACACCGGCCACCACGACACCUGUCUCCACAACAACAGCCACAGCAACACCUGCCCCCAUAACACCUGCUCCCGUGAAGCCUGCGGAGCCGAAACCGGUACCCAGGACAACGGGGGUACCCCCAGGCCCGGCGGUAAGGGUGAGGACGGAGGCACAACUGGCGCGGAACCGCCGGAAGUUCCAGCAGCUAAAGGAGAAGAGGAAAGCAAGGGAAACCGAGGCAAGCCAACAACAUCGGCUUGCCAAGCGACCUACGCUAACCUCCGACCCAGAAGCAACCAGCGCACCUCCUACCGGCUCAACACCGCCGGAACCGAUGGAGGUAGACAAACCGGCGCCCAAGGACGAAAACUCCGAGGAGCCGGAAAAGUCUACCAGCCAUACACCGCCACACCAAUCACCGACCUCGGACGGAAUAACCGAGGACGAUUGGUAUGCGGCGUUCGAGGGGCUUGAGGAGAUAGCGUACGACCCGGCGUACUACACUCCGAUAGGGUCCCCAAAAAGCGACUAA